CCUGAGUGCAUUAUAUAGCUACUGCUGCCUCUUGUGCUUUCAAUUCUCUCGCUGGAUAGGGCAGGAGACUGCGCAUCCAUAAAAAGUAAGAAGUGAAUUAAGGAGGAGGAAGUGAAAGAGAGAGAGAGCAAACCCUCCAACGUGCAUCGGAGCAAAGAGGAGUAUCCUGAGGAGAGGCAGUGCACUGCCGAUGGUGAUGAUGAUGAUGCGCUGAUAAUCUGCAGCGCAUACGGUUGUGCAAAGCGGGAUGUCUGUAUACAUCCGCUUCACGAGGUGCUGAUUAACUGCGCUGCAACUUUUACUUUUUGAACGGAUCUCGACUUUGGGUCUUGUAAACCGGAUCGGUUCGUUCGCACUGUGAUGGGGGCAGCAGCUGAGGUUGGGAUCUUCAACGGGUUUCUGGACAGCUUUGGUUCCGCGGGUGGCGCUCAUUUCCUUCUCACCCCGGCGGGCGCGAUGGAAUACAACGCGGUGAGCGGACUCAUGCAGCAAGAGCAGCAAGGGCACCUGAUGUCCUCGGAACGCCUUUCCCGGAGCUUAGCGGACCUCAGCCACCUUAAGGGGAUUCUGAGGCGGCGACAGCUCUACUGCAGAACCGGCUUCCACCUGGAGAUACACCCCGAUGGUACCGUGAGGGGCACCAGAGAGGACCACAGCAGAUUCGGUAUUUUGGAGUUUAUCAGUUUGGCUGUGGGGCUGGUGAGCGUCAGAGGUGUGGACAGUGGCCUAUAUCUCUCCAUGAACAGCAAAGGGGAACUGUAUGGAUCGCAGAAGAUAUCAGCAGAAAGUGUUUUUCGGGAGCAAUUUGAGGAGAACUGGUACAACACCUACUCAUCCAACAUCUACCGACAUGGAGAAAAAGGAGCAUUUUACUUUGUCGCUUUGAACAAAGACGGUACAGCGCGAGACGGAACAAGAUCGAGGCGACAUCAGAGAUUCACACACUUCUUACCGAGACCUGUAGAUCCAGACAGAGUACCAGAAUUGUAUCGGGAUAUACUUGGACAGAGUUGAGGCCUAACAAAUGUGUGCCAGAAACCGAACUCAAAAGUGAUCAUGUGCAUUUAAUACUUCACCCCAGUUGCGGGGAAUGUUCGAUUCAAAAGGAAUCGAACCAAAUGCACCAGAUCCAGACUCUCGAUUGCUGGUAUGUUGGAAGGAUAGCGACCCUCUCUGAACAGUUUUUCAAGGGACUUUGACAGAGUAAGCAGCAGGGAACGUCUGGGAUAAUGCAACAAAAACACACAUAUAUUAUCUUGUUAUUGGCAUAUGCAGUGGCGUCAGCAGCCAAGAUGGAUUUCCCCUAAGUCUCCAUGCUACCUGCUUGUCCAAAUCUGCAUGUUUAAGUGAAUGAAGGCGAGUUGAGAUUAAACAAGCAGUUCUUUUUUUUCUGCUGCUUUUCUCUUUCAUUGCAGGAUCCUUUUUUUUUUUCAUGCUAAACAUUACAAAGGCUGCUAAGUAAACCACGUCCAAAAAAAUGUAUGGCCCACUUUUCAAAAUGGCUGGUUUACAGAAAAGGAUCGUUUUAUGCACUGGAAAUCAGCCAUGUUUGUGCUGUAGAAUGGAGCUGCAGCAAUUUGAAAGGUCCUGUUUGCUGAUGCACUGAAAAUGAGAAUGACUUCUUUGUGGUGGCUGUGUUCUGCUCCAAACUCUCAUACUACGACCCAGUGAAGAAAUUGUACUGUUCUCCUCGCUGCUUGCAGUCAAACGACGAGCACAGAAUGGACAUAAGGAAUUCACAGACCUGUAGACAGAUUGUAUUCUUAUUUAUGAGGCUCUAAAUCUUGGGACAAACAAUAUAUUU